AUGGAGUUCAGUUGCAAAGACUUCAAGGUUGGAAAAUGUGAGGGAGAGAAAAUAGUAGACGGAGAAACCAUGCCUUUGGUGCUGCAACCUCCCGAACCAAACAAGACUGACUUGGAAUCGUUGCUCUCAGCUCUCAGAAACAACAAAGACUGGUUCGAGCAGAUGAUCAUCAAGAACAGUGCCGUUCUUCUUCGAGGUUUCGAAGUCAAUAACGCUGUAGACUUCAAUGAGAUAGUCGAAACCUGCGGCUGGGAUGACAUUCGCUACGUUGGACCAGCACCUCGUACUCAUAUUUACAAGAGAGUUUGGACUGCCAAUGAAGGACCCCUCUCAGAAUUCAUAUACUAUCACCAUGAAAUGGUUUUGAUAAAGGAGAGUCCCAAGAAAGUGAUACUGUUCUGCGAGAUACCACCCCCAGAGGGGGGAGAGACACCAUUUGUUCCGAGUUUCAAAGUGACAGAGAAGAUGUUGAAGGAGUUCCCAGAAGAGGUUAAGGAAAUGGAAGAGAAAGGGUUGAAGUACUCAUUCACAGCACGUAGUACUCAGAACGACAAUUCCUCCAUGAGAGGCAGGGGAUGGGAAGAUGCUUUUGGCACUUCAGAUCGCGAGGAAGCUGAAAGAAGGGCAAAAGCUCUAGGGAUGGACAUGGAGUGGCUGCCAGAUGGUGGAGUGAAGACGAUACUAGGGCCAAGGCCAUUGACGAGGGUGUUCGAAGGAAGGAAAGGAAGGAGGAUGUGGUUUAACACAGUGGUAGGGAUGUACGGCAAGGAGCUAAGCUCGGCAACAAUGGCGGAUGGAUCUGAGAUUCCUAGCCAUGUGGUGGAGAGGUGCGGAGAGAUCAUUGAAGAAGAAAGCAUACAAUUCAAGUGGCAGAAAGGGGAUGUUCUGUUCUUAGAUAACAUGGCUUUGCUUCAUGGUAGAAGACCUUCCCUUCCUCCCCGAAGAGUUUUGGUAGCCACUUGCAAGUAG